AUGGCGCAAGAGCUGAAGACCAAGGGCAAUGAGCUCUUCAAGCAGGGUGACUUCCCAGGCGCCGAAGACUACUUCUCUCAAGCUAUUCAAAAGAACCCGCGCGACCCAACCUUCUUCUCCAAUCGCGCCAUCACCCGCAUCAAGCUCGGGAAAUGGGCCGAGGUCGAACAUGACGCCCGCGCCGCGAUCGAUCUGUACGGCCUGAAGAAUCCUACAGCAUUGAAGAGCUCCUACUAUCUUUCACAGGCCUUACUCGGUCUCCAACGGCCGCAAGAGGCAUAUGAUGUGGCGGUAGACGCGUACCAGCUCAGCUUGAGUUCUAAGAAUGCGCAAACGGAGAACUUAUCGCGGACAGUCCUGCGUGCCAAGCAGCAGAUCUGGGCUGCGAAGGAGACGUCCCGACUGCGCGAAAUGAAUGAAACACUGAGGAGCAUUGAGACUCUUGUUGAGGCGGAUUUGGAGCGCUCAGUUGCGGAGUUGCGGAAACGGGUUGAUGCGGGGGAACUUGGGGAGAUUGGGUUUGGAGAGGAUCAGAGGGCGUUGAGGGAGGAUUCUGAAAAGAAGAUUCAUAAUUUACGGGAGGCGAUUCGAAUUGCUUCGAAUGGAGAGGUGGAAGAGCGCCAUGUCCCUGAUUACCUGAUCGAUGGUAUAACUUUUGAAGUCAUGCAUGACCCUGUCAUGACCCCGUCUGGAAGCAGCUUUGAUCGUAUCGGCAUUACCAAAUAUGUAGAGAAAUCGGGUGUCGAUCCAAUUACGCGGGCUGCGAUCACGGUCAAGGAUUUGCGCCCGAACUAUGCACUCAAGGCCGCCUGUGAACAUUUCUUGACCGAAAACGGGUGGGCAGUGGACUACUAG